UAACAUGCUUGAGACUGUUGACGAGCAAGUCAUUGAAGUUAACUUUUAAAUCUCCGUUUAGUUUCGUCCGUGCAUCCAAGAGGCAGAGUGACGUUUCAGCAAAAACGGGCGACAUCAGUCAUGCUAUUAGACUAACGUGAAAUGCCGGAGCGUCUUUUAGUGUCCCAAGCUCGCUGAUUUAAGUGAAGAGAGAAGAAGGCGCAAGGGGAAGCCCGGAGAAGAGCGAUACAAGCGGGCUCCAAGAUGCAGCCGGGUGCCGUGCUGUGGGUUGCAGUGACAACUUCGCUGCUCAGCCUGAGUGCAGGAGUUGAGGGCAGUGCUGAGUGUUCCUGUGGGAGGAACCACUUCACGUGUGCCGUCAGUGCGUUCGGCGAGUGCACCUGCAUUCCGGCUCAGUGGCAGUGCGACGGAGACAACGACUGCGGGGACCAUAGUGAUGAGGAUGGAUGUAUGCUUCCCACCUGCUCGCCACUGGACUUCCACUGCGACAACGGCAAAUGCAUCCGACGUUCGUGGGUCUGCGACGGCGACAACGACUGCGAGGAUGACUCGGAUGAGCAGGACUGUCCUCCUCGAGAAUGCGAGGAAGAUGAGUUUCAAUGCCAAAACGGUUACUGCAUCCGCAGCCUCUGGCACUGCGAUGGAGACAACGACUGCGGGGACAACAGUGACGAACAGUGCGACAUGCGCAAAUGUUCAGACAAGGAAUUUCGCUGCACUGACGGCAGCUGCAUUGCUGAACACUGGUACUGCGACGGGGACACGGACUGCAAGGACGGGUCUGACGAGGCAAAUUGUCCCUCAGAUGUGAUGGCGGCCACCUGCAGCGUUGAAGAGUUCCAGUGCGCAUAUGGCCGCUGCAUCCUGGACAUCUACCACUGUGACGGAGAUGACGACUGUGGAGACUGGUCGGAUGAGUCGGAUUGCUCGUCCCACCAGCCAUGCAGGUCGGUCGAAUUCAUGUGCAGCAGCGGGAUGUGCAUCAACGCGGGCUGGAGGUGCGACGGCGAGUUCGACUGUGACGAUCAAUCCGAUGAGCUGAAUUGCACCACGUCCAUGUGCACAGCUGACCAGUUCCGGUGCGGAACAGGACGCUGUGUCCGGUUGUCAUGGCGAUGUGACGGCGAAGACGACUGUUCAGACCGCAGUGACGAAGAGGGUUGUGAAAAAGCUGAGACGUCACCUUGUGCCCCGGACCAGUUCCAGUGCGGGAAUGGGCGCUGUAUCGGCCAGAGGAAGGUGUGCAACGAGGUCAAUGACUGUGAAGAUGGGACGGAUGAACUUCCACAUCAUGAAUGUCGUCCACGCUCCAGUGACGGCAACUGCAACCAGAAUAACGGCGGGUGCUCCCAGAAGUGUCAAAUGGUCCGAGGACUGGUCCAGUGCACCUGUCACACCGGAUACCGACUGAUGGAUGACGGAAGAUCCUGCCAGGAUGUGGACGAGUGUGCCGAAGAAGGCUACUGCAGCCAGGGCUGCACCAACGUCGAGGGCGGCUUCCAGUGCUGGUGCGUUCAAGGCUAUGAACUGCGGCCUGACAAGCGGAGCUGCAAGGCGCUGGGUCCAGAGCCGGUGCUGUUGUUUGCCAAUCGAAUCGAUAUCCGUCAGGUCCUGCCUCACCGCUCCGAGUACACGCUGCUACUCAACAACCUUGAGAAUGCCAUCGCUCUGGAUUUUCAUCACAGCCAAGAGCUGGUUUUCUGGUCGGACGUGACGCUGGACCGCAUCAUGAAAGCCAACCUCAACGGCUCCAAUGUGGAAGAGGUCGUCUCAACGGGCCUGGAGAGCCCAGGCGGGCUGGCUAUUGAUUGGAUCCACAACAAAUUGUACUGGACAGACUCCGGCACAUCCCGCAUCGAGGUGGCCAACCUGGAUGGGACUCAUCGCAAGGUGUUACUGUGGCAGAACAUGGAGAAGCCCCGGGCCAUUGCGCUGCACCCUAUAGAGGGUAAGAUCUACUGGACCGACUGGGGCAACACCCCUCGCAUCGAGUACGCCAAUAUGGACGGCUCCAAUCGCCGAGUCAUCGCCGACACUCACUUGUUCUGGCCGAACGGCCUGACGAUCGACUACGCCGGCCACCGCAUGUACUGGGUGGACGCCAAGCACCAUGUCAUCGAAAGAGCCGACCUGGACGGACGCAAUCGUAAAGCUGUCAUCAACCAAGGCCUGCCUCACCCGUUUGCCAUCACUGUGUUUGAGGACAGUCUCUACUGGACUGACUGGCACACCAAGAGCAUCAACAGCGCCAAUAAAUUUACUGGCAAGAAUCAGGAGAUUAUUCGGAACAAACUGCACUUCCCCAUGGAUAUCCACACUUUGCACCCACAGAGGCAACCUGAAGGGGGAAAGAACCGCUGCGGUGCUAACAAUGGAGGUUGCAGCCACUUGUGUCUCCCUGGCAACAAGACUUACACCUGCGCUUGCCCAACUGGUUUUAAAAAAGUGGACUACAGCAACUGCGCUAACAGUCUUGACAAGUUCCUGCUUUUUGCCCGAAGGACGGACAUCCGACGAAUCAGCUUUGACACAGAGGAUAUGUCAGAUGAUGUCAUCCCUCUGGCUGACGUGCGCAACGCUGUGGCACUGGACUGGGAUGCCAAAGAUGGCUACAUCUACUGGACGGAUGUUACCACUGACUCCAUCAACAGAGCCCUUUGGAAUGGCAGCAAGCAGGAGGUUGUGGUGGACACCAGUCUGGAGAGUCCAGCAGGUUUGGCUAUUGAUUGGGUGACCAACAAACUCUACUGGACUGAUGCUGGCACAGAUCGCAUUGAAGUUUCUAAUUCCGAUGGGAGCAUGCGGACUGUCCUCAUAUGGGAGAACCUUGACCGACCCAGGGAUAUUGUUGUGGACCCUAUUGGAGGUUUCAUGUACUGGACUGACUGGGGCGCCAACCCAAAGAUUGAGCGUGCAGGGAUGGACUCGUCGAGUCGUGUAGUCAUCAUCUCUUCCAACUUGACAUGGCCCAACGGACUUGCCAUUGACUACGAGACUAAACGGCUGUACUGGGCCGAUGCCGGCAUGAAGACAAUUGAAUAUGGGAACUUUGAUGGUUCGGAACGACAGGUUCUGAUUGGCAGUCAGCUGCCUCACCCCUUUGGCCUCACCGUACACGAAGACAUGCUGUACUGGACUGACUGGCAGUCCAAGAGCAUCCAGAGUGCUAACAAACUGACCGGCCUGGGUCGGCACACACUUGCGGAAAACCUGGAGAACCUCAUGGAUAUCCACAUGUUCCAGAGACACCGUGAAACCGUACACAACCCAUGUGCGGUGAAUAAUGGAGGUUGUAGUCAUCUCUGCCUGUUGGCUCCUGCUCCCAAAGCCUACAGUUGUUCUUGUCCCACUGGCAUCAACCUUCAAGCAAAUGGAAAGACUUGCAUGCCUGGAAUGAACAGCUUCCUGAUCUUUGCACGGCGAACGGACAUUAGAAUGGUGUCUUUGGACAUUCCCUAUUUCGCCGACGUGGUUCUCGCCGUCAACACGUCCAUGAAAAACACGAUUGCUAUCGGAGUGGAACCGCAAGACGGCAAGGUGUACUGGUCGGACAGCACACUUAAAAGAAUCAGCAGAGCCAACAUCAAUGGAAGCGCUCAUGAAGACAUCAUUUCUUCAGGACUGAUGACAACUGACGGUCUGGCAGUCGAUGCAGUCGGCCGGAAAAUUUACUGGACCGAUACAGGAACCAACCGGAUAGAAGUUGCUAAUCUGGAUGGCUCCAUGAGAAAAGUUCUGGUGUGGCAGAACCUGGACAGCCCUCGUGCCAUUGCUCUUUACCAUGAGAUGGGUUAUAUGUACUGGUCGGACUGGGGCGAACAUGCUAAGCUGGAGCGCUCAGCAAUGGAUGGUUCUGAUCGAGUGAUCCUCAUCAAUAACAACCUGGGAUGGCCCAAUGGUCUUGCCAUAGACAUGGCCGGCUCGCAGUUGUUGUGGGCUGAUGCUCAUACUGAGCGCAUCGAAGCUGCCGAUCUGAACGGUCAGAACCGCCACACCCUCGUGACGCCAGUCCAGCACCCGUACGGUUUAACCCUCUUAGGCUCUCACAUCUAUUGGACUGACUGGCAGAGCCGCAGCAUCCAGCGGGCAGACAAGAUCUCCGGCGAUAACACUAUCACUGUUCGUUCCAACCUGCCUGGUCUAAUGGACAUUCAGGCUGUGGACAGAGAGAGACCUCUGGGAUUCAACAAGUGUAGCAGGAAGAACGGAGGCUGCACUCACUUGUGCCUCCCUCGUCCCAAUGGCACCUCCUGCGCUUGUCCCACCGGCAUCCUGCUCAAGGGAGAUGGCAGAUCGUGUGACAACUCCCCCGAAACCUUUCUGGUCUUCUCCAACCGUGUCAGCGUGCGAAGAAUCUCCUUGGACACUAACGAUCACACGGACGUGCAUGUACCCAUCCCCGAGCUACACAAUGUCAUUUCGCUAGACUACGACAGUGUGGAUGGGAAACUCUACUACACCGACGUCACCUUGGACGUGAUAAGACGUUCAAACCUGGAUGGUACCGGCAUGGAGACUGUCAUCAGCCAGGGACUAAAGACCACAGAUGGGCUGGCUGUGGACUGGGUGGCCAGAAACAUGUACUGGACCGACACAGGACGAAAUACCAUCGAGGUGGCGCGCAUUGAUGGAACCAGCCGCAAAGUGCUAGUCAACAACAGUUUGGAUGAACCCAGAGCCAUUGCCGUGUUCCCGAGCAAAGGGUUCCUAUUCUGGACCGAUUGGGGUCAUAUCGCAAAGAUCGAGCGAUCCCACCUGGAUGGCACAGAUCGCAAAGUCCUGAUCAAUACUGACCUUGGUUGGCCCAAUGGACUUACUCUGGACUACGACACACGGAGGAUCUUUUGGGUUGAUGCCCACUUGGACCGGAUCGAGAGUUCUGACCUGAACGGAAAAUUGCGUCAGAUCCUCGUUAGCCCAGUUUCCCACCCCUUCGCCCUCACCCAGUUGAAGCCGGUGUCCUCCCCUCUAACCCCUUUCUCCCGACUCUCGCAGCAAGACCGUUGGAUCUAUUGGACUGAUUGGCAGACUAAGUCCAUCCAGCGGGUGGACAAACACACGGGCCGUAACAAGGAAACUGUGCUGGCCAAUGUUGAGGGUCUCAUGGACAUUAUAGUGGUAUCACCUAACAGGCAGACGGGUACCAACCUCUGCGGGGUAAACAAUGGAGGCUGCACUCAUCUAUGCUUUGCCAAGACCAACACUUUUGUCUGCGCAUGCCCAGACGAACCAGACGGACGUCCUUGCUCCACUAUCGCAGGCUACAUCCCAACUUCUCCCAGCAGAGAAUCCAGCAGCACCCCAGUUCCUAAUAAGAUCCCCAAAACUUCAACUGAGACCUCCCAAAGAGAACCCUCACUGAUCAACUGCACUAACAAGAACCCGAAUGUAGAUGGCUGCUUACAGAGUAACGUGGUCACUGCUCCACAUGGUGAAGGACUUCACGUCAGCUAUGUGAUUGGAGGCGUUUUGACCAUACUGGCCAUUCUCAUUCUUAUCAUUGCUUUGAUUAUUUACCGUCACAAAAAGUCCAAGUUUGCCGAGCCAGGGGUCAGCAACCUGACCUAUAGUAACCCUUCCUACCGGACCUCCACACAAGAGGUCAAGAUCGAGGCCUCGCAGAAGCCUCCCAUAUAUAAUCAACUUCGAUAUAAGAAAGAGGGUGGUGUGGAUGGAGGGUACACCAAGGAGAAAAUCCGUAUCGUGGAGGGCGUGUGUCUUCUGUCCACUGAGGAGCUUUACUGGGAUGAUCUGAAACAAAUCAAACCGUCGCGAGGGGGUCUGCACACCUGCAUGCGCACGGACACCGUUUCUCUACAGGCCAGCAGCGCUUCACUGGAUGACGGCGAGACGGAGCAACUCCUUCAGGAGGAGGCGUCCGAAUGCUCCUCCAUCAGCACCCUCACCCCUUCGGCCAUCACCCCUCAGCGUCACUCCCAGCGUUGCCUGCCCGACACCGGAUGGAUGUCCAUGUGCAAGCCCUCCACGGAGAGCGAGAAUUGAGGCCGGCCCGUGUAUUUUAUAUCGAUCGGCCUAUAUUGCAAAAACACGCAAGUGCGUCCGUCUGUUGUCUCGGUUGUUCCGGACAGAUGUUUCAAGGUACUAGUGUGGAUGUAAAUUUAGAGUCAAAAGCAAACAAACAAGUUGCCAACUGCUGCUCCGUCCUACUUGUGUAUACACACAGACACACACAGACACACACACAGGCCCCAAUCGUGCUGUGCUAAAAUGUCUUCAGGCAAAUUUGUAAACUAAUUAGUAUGCUGGAAUCAGAAAAGGCAAAGGACUCUUGGGAGGAAGCGAGGAGCGAUGCAAACACUAAAGGAUGCAGACUCAUUGCGACAAAUAUCUCAGUGUACAACAUCGCCAUUUUUAGGAGAGUUUUUUUUUCCCCCCCUCUCCCAGGAUUCUUAACUAUGGUACCCUAAAACCACUCAUCUCUUUAUGAACUCUAUUUAUUAAUGAUUUUUGUACUUCUGAGUGGGCUUCCCGACUUUCACGGAAACAGUGAGUGUUGUGUCGAGCUUUGGGCAGCAGAUAUUCAAGCGUUGUAUUUAUGACAGUGCCAAAGGGUGGGGCUUGAACAAGUCCCCGUGUUUCUUCUCACAUUUACAAGUCGAUAUUAAGUUGUCACAAUUUUCAUUUCACAACAGUAGAAACCCUCUUUGAUAAUAUUUUUUUGAACAAGCUAACUCCCAAGUUGAUUGCGCAAGAGUAUUUUAAAAGUCACGAAAAUGUUCCUGUACAUUAUUUUUAACUCAUUUGUUAGAACCAUUUUACAUGAAAUAUCAUCUCACCAUGCAGGUAGUUGUGCUUUUAAAUAUGUAUAUACUAUAUAUACUUUGUGCCACAAAUUUUAAGAAAAAGCACACAUAAGACCAUAAAGGCAGAAAGUAGGUGACACAAAGUAGAAAUGUUUUCUGGCAUUUAAUUAUUUUGCGUCUUGGUUGGUCAUAGCUAGCAAGUUUGUUGUAGACAAAAUUGUAAUUUUAUCAGAACAAUUAUGUCACCGCUCAUUAGUUCAUGUCAUUUUAAAAUCUACACAGCACUUAUGAUUGUGACAUAAAGCUUCUUGGUUUUAACAAUGUUACAAAAUAUCUCAACUUUGCCAAUUUCCUUUUUUGGUAAUAUAAAAGUGCAUUAAUUGUAACGUCUUUUAGUGCAUCGCUAUAGAAAACCCCAAAUUCUUUUCCAUUCAAUGUUUCGAAGGCUGCUACAUUAUAUACAGUAUAUAUAUUCUGACUCGUUUUGGCAUAAAAAAAAAAAACUAUCACAUUUUACAUUAUCACAUUACCUGCAAAUUGAACACACUUUUUUAGAAACGCUGUCGAUCACAGUAAUAUUAGCAUAUCUUUCAACCGGUGCAAUUUUCUUCGUUCUCUAUGGAACAAAAAUAUAUGAAUGCAAAAUCAGUAAACACUAUUAUCAUUUUAUUGUAGGAGGUAAACUCCAAAUCUGUGGUGCAAAAAUGCACUUGCAGUAUUUGCAACAGUAGUGUAGCAUAAUUUAGAAAGUCUGCAAGAUGGACCACAGUGAGGGUUGUAGUUUAGCAACAUAUCACUUGAAAAUAUUUAACCUGUCGCUACAUUGUUUAUCUUUUAGAAUGCCCGCCCCCCCCCCCCCCCUCCAUUCUGUUGACACAACUACAAUGCUCCUCAACUAUGUUUCUAGAACAAUGUAUUUUUGAAGAAUCUGCUUAGAGCUCAGCAACUUGCUGUUUUGCUGCUAGACAAAGCACUGAAGCCAAUGGAAGAGGGUCUUGGCAGCUACAGAAACUUAUCUCUGACAAUUGGUUGACAGUCGGCCUACAGAGUAUCAUAUAGUGACCCAACCUAUCGUCAUCAUCCCAACUCACAGUCCCUCCGACUCUGCUGCAGGAAUGCUAAAACUGUACAAAUUGUAUUUUUCGGAUAUAUGACAUUUCAGUUGAAAAUACUGUUUGGUUGAGCUGUAUAGUUUUUGUACAAAGGGAUUUCAUGACUGUAAUUAGACUUGCAUUAAUUGUACUCACUGGAGAACAUUUUGUUUAACAUUUGCUGGAUUAUUUUAACCACUGUUUCCAAGCCUUGUAAAUGAUAGGGAAUAUGCCAUUUAUUUAAUAGUUCCCCUUUAUGUUAUGAAUUACAGGUCUCAUAGCUGUUGUAAAGUUAACAAUAAGAGGUAUUUAUGAUUUGUUUGGAUGUCAUUUGAUGUGUAAAUAUGAACAGACGCUAUAUGUAUUUCCAUGGCAGUACUAACAAGCUGUGUUGUGUGAUAUAGUGAAUUAUCCCUUUGCUAUCUUUUAAUAUAAAAAGGCAUUUCAAUGAAA